UAUUAUUAACGAGAGUAUAUCUUUGUAUCUUCCUUUCUUCUUACAUUUUUCUAGGUUUUCACUGUAAACUUAGUAGUUUCUUCCUUAAACGAUUCGGAUUGUAAGAUUGAUAAUCGUAGGAAGGAAAGAUCUCCUUAACUAAGAAAUCUAGUUAUCAUAACCUUGUUUUUGAUGUCAGAUUUGAAGUGUAGUUCCAAGGUGGUGGUUGUUCAGUAACAAAAUGGAAGUAUUAGAUUUUAGGUUUUAACUGAAUCAUAUGUACUAUGUUUGUUAAUUUUGUGAAGUAUUUGUAACAAAAAAAAAUGGGAGGAUUCAGUGUGAGAUGUAGAGUAGCAAUUGUAGUAAUAGUAUCAGUGUGGAUUGGUCUGGCUGCUUUAUUUAAUUUGUUUAAAAAUGUUCCAAAUGGUUGUAUCAUGACAUAUAUGUAUCCAACAUACAUUCCCAUACCUACACCUGCAAAUGUUUCUUCUGUAAAGUAUGGAUUGUUCUUGUAUCAUGAAGGAUGGAAAAAGAUUGAUUUUAGUGAGCAUAUCAAGAAACUUAGUGGGGUACCUGUGCUUUUUAUUCCGGGCAAUGGUGGUAGCUAUAAACAGGUCCGUUCUGUGGCAGCAGAAUCUGAUAGGGCAUAUCAAGGGGGUCCGCUUGAGCGCACAUAUUAUUACGAAGCAUCAUUAGCUUCUGAAGAAAGUGAAAAUAGGGAUAUCUAUGGUUUUACGUUACCCAACCAAUAUAGUUCAAUGCUGGAUUGGUUUGCUGUUGAUCUUGAAGGAGAGCAUUCUGCUAUGGAUGGUCGAAUUCUUGAAGAACAUACAGAAUACGUUGUAUAUGCUAUCCAUAGGAUAUUAGAUCAAUAUAAAGAGUCCCGUGAAGCUCGGUCUAACGAAGGUGCUGAAACCACUGGAAGCUUACCACGAAGUGUAAUAUUGGUUGGUCAUUCCAUGGGUGGUUUUGUAGCCAGAGCUGCAGUUGUGCAUCCACAUUUAAGGAACGGAACAGUACAAACUGUUCUUACACUUUCAAGCCCACAUCAGUCGCCUCCUGCAGCACUACAACCAUCUUUGGGUCACUAUUAUUCUUACAUAAAUAAAGAAUGGAGGGAAGGAUAUGAGGUCCAAGCUACCCAUGCGGGCCGCUUGUUGUCGAAGUCUACGCUCUCUGAUGUUGUCGUUGUCUCCAUUUCAGGCGGUAUUCAUGAUUAUCAGGUUCGGCCAAAGUUGGAAUCCCUUGAUGGAAUCGUGCCCUCAACUCACGGUUUUACGAUAGGUACCAUGGGAAUGAGGAACGUGUGGGUUUCCAUGGAACACCAGGCUAUUCUAUGGUGCAACCAAGUUGUUGUACAAGUGUCACACACUCUUCUUACUAUGAUUGAUACAGAAACUGGUCAACCAUUUUCCAGUGUACCAAAAAGACUUACGGUGUUCUCCAAAAUGUUUCGUAGUGGGAUACCACAAAGUUUUAACUGGAUGAGGCAGCUGCAACCUUCCAAGAUUUCUACUGAAGUUCCUAUUUUGGAUAAAAAAAUUGCUGCUGGAUCUAGGGAAGAGACUCUCUCCCCUUGCCCCAAAUCAGUCCAUUGGAAUGAUGAUAGCCUUGAAAAGGACCUUUACAUUCAGUCAACUACUUUUGCUGUUCUAGCAAUGGAUGGGAGGCGGCGGUGGUUGGACAUCAAGAAUCUGGGAUCAAACGGAAAGAGCCACUUUAUAUUUGUCACAAACCUUGUUCCAUGUUCUGGGGUUAGACUUCAUCUUUGGCCUGUAAAAGGCAAAAUGUCUUUAGAAGUACCUUCAAAUCAAAAAAUUAUUGAGGUUACUUCGAAGAUGGAGCAGAUUCCAGCUGGACCAGCACCAAGGCAGAUAGAACCAGGUAGCCAAACUGAACAAGCACCUCCAUCAUCAGUAUUCCGCCUGGGACCUGAAGACAUGGAAGGUUUCCGGUUCCUGACUAUCUCAGUUGCACCUCGUCCGAGUGUGUCAGGUAGGCCUCCACCAGCAGCAUCCAUGGCAGUUGGUCAGUUCUUUAAUCCCGAGGAAGGGAAGAGGGAAUUCUCUCCUUCGUCUCUCUUACUUUCUAGCUACAUUGAUCAGGAGUUGCUGUUGGAGGAGGACCAUCCUCUUGCUUUCAAUCUAUCAUUCUCCGUAAGCUUAGGUCUUUUGCCAAUUAGCAUGUCUCUAAAAACCAGAGGCUGUGGAAUAAAAAAUUCUGGACUUCCAGUGGAAGAAGCAGGUGACGUCGAACAUAGCAGGCUUUGUAAACUUCGUUGUUUUCCACCUGCAGCUGUGGUUUGGGAUCCAGUAUCAGGCCUUCAGAUAAUUCCAAAUCUCUAUUCAGAGACAAUUUUGGUGGAUUCUUCACCAGCCUUCUGGGCAUCGACUCCAGGGUCUGAAAAGACCACAAUUAUGUUAAUGGUAGAUCCGCAUUGUUCAUACAAAAUCAGUGCGUCCGUAUCUAUUACUGCUGCUGCUGGAAGAUUUUUACUUAUGUACUCCUCACAGAUAAUUGGUUUCUCCAUUGCCGUGAUUUUUUUCGCACUGAUGCGGCAAUCACGUGCGUGGGAGCUUGACCUACCUCUGCCCUCCAUGCUGGCUGCAGUAGAGUCCAACCUCAUAAUGCCUCAAUCCUUUGUGCUUGUGGCAGUGUUGCCUAUUUUAAUUUCAUUGGUUAUUUCAUUGAUAAUAUCUCAGCCACUUCCCCCAUUCUUCAGCUACAUUACUGUCUCUCUGAUUUGCUAUGCAUUUGCAAAUGGGUGCGUCAUUAUUCUGAUUUUGAUAUCUCAACUAGCCUUCUUCGCCGUUGCCAUGGUGCAUACUUUCCUCAAAUUAAGAUGGCGAGGGUGGGAAGAAAAUCUUCGUUUUGUAGUUUUUAGACGGUUGCUCACAAUCUAUAAUCUCUUUUCCUUUAAGGCGGUCAGGAUACUCAAGGGAAAUCCAACUCUUGUUACUGCAGUGACUGCAAUUAUUCUUGUUUCUUUUGUUCAUCCCGCUUUUGGUCUGUUGGUACUCCUUCUGUCUCAUGCUCUAUACUGUCAUUCGGCUCUCUGUAGUUUUCUUGGGACUUCCUUUCGCACCCAUGCUCAAAAGGAGCAGCAAGAUUCUAAAACCAAGCACAAUGACAGGUCCCAGCAUAAGAUUAAAUCCGAUGGUGGGCUGGACCCACUUCUUCCUGUGGAGGAGAACCCUCUCAAUAGCCCAAACUCUGCAAGAAGCUAUAGUGAUACACAAUUAGAGAUCUUCAACUUCCGACAUGGUAUGCUAAUUUUGCACCUUCUCGCGGCUCUCAUGUUUGUCCCAUCACUUGUCGCUUGGCUACAGAGAAUUGGGCUUGGUCAGAGUUUACCAUGGUUUUGGGAUUCUGGUAUUUGUGUAUUUGUCAUUUUCCACGGUCUAAGUUCAAGACCUGGAUUUGAUUCCCUCUCAUUUCCCUUACCUGGUUUCCGAGGCAGGGAAGUUGGUUUGAGCUUCGUCUAUCUGCUCGCUGGAUAUUAUUGUUUUCUCUCUGCUCUUGCUUUAACUCCAUACAGAUCCUUUUACUCCAUGGCUGUAGUUGGAAUCGUAUCUACUGCUGUGACAGUAAUAGAGAGAAAGAGCAGAGAAAAGGGAGAGAUUCAUUUAACCUCCAGCAGGAAACAUUCUCACAGACAUUAACAAACUCCUUGUCAAAAAAGCUAUACACAUACCUAAAUCUUAGAUGGGUACAAGUUAUGUUGUAAAUUUUUCUUUGUCAGGUUAUAUUUUCUGGUAUAAUGAUAAGCAUCACGGUUUAGCAAUUUUUUGAGUGAGAGAUCUUUGGAACCAAGAGAAUAGAUUAAUGUAGAAAAAAAGAUGAGGGAAGCUAAUUGUUUCUGACAGGGUUUGUGUUUCAGUACUGUUUUGUUUGUAUCGUUGUUGUUGCACAUUUCAUUGAAUUGGACCAAACACUGCACAGAACUUAUUAUAUUCAUCUUCAAUAUACUUGAUCAGCACUGUAAACAA